GGCAGCGCCGGCACCAUGAAGUCGCCGCUGCUUGGCCGCUUCGCGCUGCUGCUGCUGCUGCCCUGGGCGCUGCUCGUCGCCGUGGUGCUGGACUCGGAGCGCGGGCGGGCGCGGGCCCCGCGCCUGGCUGCGCCCCGGCGCCCGGCCCCGCUCCCGGCCGCGGCGGCCCCGGCCCCGGCGCCGGCGGCGCUGCCCACCAUCUAUGCCAUCACGCCCACCUACAGCCGGCCGGUGCAGAAAGCCGAGCUGACGCGGCUGGCCAACACGCUCCGGCAGGUGGCGCGGCUGCACUGGGUCGUGGUGGAGGACGCGGCGGGCCGCAGCCCGCUGGUCAGCCGCCUGGUGGCGGGCGCCGGGCUGCCCGUCACCCACCUGCACGUGCCCACGCCCCGGCGCUACAAGCGGCCCGGCCUGCCCCGCGCCACCGAGCAGCGCAACGCCGGCCUGGCCUGGCUGCGCCAGCGCCACCAGCACCUGCCGCCGCCGCAGCCCGGCGUGCUCUUCUUCGCCGACGACGACAACACCUACAGCCUCGAGCUCUUCCAGGAGAUGCGUACAACCCGCAAAGUAUCCGUGUGGCCUGUGGGCCUGGUGGGAGGACGACGCUAUGAGCGCCCUAUAGUGGAAAAUGGCAGAGUUGUUGGCUGGUACACAGGUUGGCGACCUGACAGGCCCUUUGCCAUUGACAUGGCAGGAUUUGCUGUGAGUCUUCAAGUGAUUCUCUCACACCCUAAAGCUGUAUUCAAACGCCGUGGGUCUCAACCAGGUAUGCAAGAAUCAGAUUUUCUCAAACAGAUAACAACAGUGGAGGAGCUGGAACCAAAAGCAAACAACUGCACAAAGGUUCUUGUAUGGCACACUCGAACAGAAAAGGUAAAUCUAGCUAACGAGCCAAAAUAUCAUCUGGACACGGUUAAUAUUGAGGUAUGAUCUGGAGAUGUAACUAUAUGGACAUACCUCAGAAAAUGGAUGUGACCGAAGAUGUCUGAGUUCAGCCAAUUACAUUCAAGCACCGUACAAUCUACUGCUGUGCAACAUCUUUUACCAGUCAUCUGAUGGACUUCUGUGCAGGCAAAACAGUUGUCAGAUAACCCAAUACAUACAUCAGACAGUACAAGCCAUAUGUGCUUUGUUCUAGCUUGUUUCGCAUGCAUUCCUCAACUUUCUCCCAGUUCAUUAAAUUGAUAUCCACAUUUUUGUUUUGAGAUAUAGUUUCCAUGGAGGGGGUUAAAAAUAACCCCCAAAACAGAAGACUGAAAGAUGGCUGCUGAGGAACAUUUUUAUAUAUUUUCUUGAAUUUAUCCCACUUAAAUGAUGGCAAUUAUAACUUGCUUUGGACUACAAAAUGUUGAUCACUAUAACAGUGCUGUAAUGCACCUUCCAAUUUGAUUUUUUUUGUAUAAAGCAGCUUUUUUGAGGGAAAAAUAGUCAAGUAGAUCAUACAAUAGAGAAAUGAACACACACACAAUGAUCUGUGGAUUUAUCUUUUUAAUAUAGGGAAAUAACAUUUUAUCAAUACGAGGCACCAUAAAAUGUAAACACAAUUACUGCCAUAAACCUGGAUAUAUCUGCAAGGACAAAUGUUUCCAUACGUGUCGAGUUACCCUGUAUGCAUACUGUGCAAUAAAUUCUUUAUAUAUUAGCACUGUGUAUACACGUAAGGAGCCAAAUUGCAUAUUUUGUCACAGGAAACUCAAAUGGAUCAAAUACUCAUUUUUAAAAAAUAAUAAACUAAAAAUUUGUAGAACUACA